ACGGUCUAAUCAGCUGGCUCUGGGCGCCGCAGACGACGGUUAUCACACUCACGUGGGAGAUCGCACCGGCCGGCGUAACGCUUCCCCCCCGCAAACAAUGCUGAUCAAGUGCCGCAAGUGCUCGAACCCGCUCGCCGCCAUCGACGACGCCCACGUGCUGGCGGUCCACUCGAGGCGCGAGUUCGCCGCCGAUUCGCUGCCGGCGUGCCCCACCGAGCGGGACGGUGCGGAAGUGUUCCUGCACGAGGACCACCUGCCGGGCUGGAUGAACGCGGAAAUCGAGCAGACCCAGUGGACGCGGGGAAAGCUCAAGUGCACCAAGUGCGGCCAGAAGGUCGGCUCGUUCGACUUUGUUUCGGGCGUGCGGUGCAAGUGCCCGGUCGGUGGGAGUGUCCUACCGGCGGUGCAUUUGGUGCGGAGUAAGGUCGAUUUGCGGAAAAGUGUCGGAUAAAUAGAGACGAGGUUUGUUUUUUUUUCGCUUUUUUUUAAAUAAUUUAUUUCAAACUCUUAUGCAUAAAAGAUACAAAAUAUUUUUUUUUGUUGUUCAAAUUACGAGUAACCUUAAAAUUUACUAGAAAUAUGUACGCGUUUACGGUUUGAAGAGACGAAUUAAAAAUGAAACAUGUAUAAGUGUACGUGUGUAAAGA